UCGACGGAUCGGGUCGACGACCCCACCCCUUAAAUUGGCGGAGACAAGUCGAGUCCUUCGUCGGCAUUACGGCCGCGUCUCUCUUUGGCUCGCACGUAACCCAUCGUUCUCUCGUCGCCGUCUCGCCAUGCUGCGGCCGGUCGAUGCCACCACGGCCACCCUGCAACCCUUCAGCUCCCACCACCCUCUCCUCCUCCUCCUGCACUCCUGCAAGACUCUGGUCCGGAUCAAGAAGGCCCACGCCAAGCUGAUCACUGCCGUUCUCUUCCUCCAUCCCGUCCCCCGAGCAAGCUCCUCGAGCUCCUCCCCUCCUCUUCCCCUCCGCCCUCUGCCGCCGUCACUGCCCCUCCUCCUCUUCUCUCCUACGCCGACCUCGUCUUUUGCCACUCCCCCUCGCCUCCUCUAUUCUCCUAAGACACCCUCGUCAAAGCCCACUCCUCGCCCGCCUCCCUCCUCUGCCCCCAACCAGUACACCUUCGCCUUCCUCCUCGCCGCGUGCGGGCCCCGCGAGCUGGGCUUGGCCGAGGCGGAGCAGGUCAGGGUUCACGCCCUCAAGCGGGGGCUUGAGACCAAUGUGUUCGUUUCCAACGCGGUGGUCCGGGUGUACGGUAGCUUUGGGUCCGUCCACGACGCGCAGAUGGUGUUUGACGGGAGCGCCCGACGGGACAUGUUCUCGUGGAAUUCGUUGAUCGGUGGAUACGUCGGAUUUGGAGAUGUCGACCGUGCGAGGAAGUUGUUUGAUGAAAUGCCGGAGAAAGGAUGUUGUCUCUUGGAGUACUAUUGUUGCGGGAUAUGUGCAGGUAAGAAACUGGGUGUUUUGGUGCGAUCAGCAAGAGUCGUGCUGGAGAAACCUCUUAAUGUUGAUGUUAGGGUUGUCUUCUAUGUGACCACCUGAAUGCUGCCUUCCUUAAACUUCCCAGCCAUUUGUAGGUAGGUUGCUUCUUAGAGGCAAUGGAGCUUUUCCGUCACAUGCAGCGUGCAGGUGCUAGACCAAAUGAGUUGACUCUCACCACUGUUCGUGCGGCAUGUGCGAAUCUUGUUGCAUAGAAACAAGAAAGAUGGAUUCACAUGUUCAUGAAGAAAGAGAGUGUCGAGAUGAACGACAGACUGCUUGCCGGUCUCAUUGACGUGUAUGCAAAGUGUGGGGAGAUAGAAUCCGCCAGGAAUGUAUUCAAUGCUGAAGGCAGUCCCAAAUGCACCGCCCGGCCUUGGAAUGCCAUGCUUAGUGGCUUUGCUAUUCAUGGAAAAUCCGAUGAUGCAGUUAAGCUCUUUGAAAGGAUGAAGGUACUAAACAUCCCUCCAGAUAAAGUGACAUUUGUGUCUUUGCUCAAUGCCUGUAGUCAUGGAAGAUUGGUGGAUCAUCAGCAAAUUGGAGCCAAGAAGUUGGAGAGGUGCUGCUUGACAUACAUGAGGAGGACAAGGAGACUGCUUUGUCUAUACAUGGUGAGAAAUUAGCCAUUGCCUUUGGAUUGAUGAACACAGGACAGGAUAAGGUUUCAUCACUUCAAAGAUGGAAUUUGUUCUUGCAAGGAUUACUGGUAGAGAUCCUAUAGUCGACUUCAAACUACUGUUCCCUGACUCGAUAUGAUCUAAAGGGUAUUUGAUGACCACAUAGAAGUCAUUGAGACGUCUACAUUUGCUUCAAGGGAUGGUAAUGCCGGCUUUGGAAUCAACAAAUGUGGAGUUCUCCACUGAAGUGCUCACUCGGAUCUCUCAGGUGAUCAGAUCAAAAAGAUGGGACUAGUUUGAGGAGAUGAUUCAACGACUUUGCCAAAGGUCAAGGAUGAUGUAUCUGCUCAGCUUAGCUCGACAAAGUUUAGAUCAAAUUUGUGGCUCAAAGAUAUGGUUCUCGCUGGGAUUCAACUCAACUUAUUUUGGUAGCAGUUAAGAGGGUUGGAACUCCUCAGAUUGCUUGAUGUGAGAAUUACACUUGCAGAUGUUUGUUCUAUUGCACAAACGUUAAAUAAUCAGCUUAUUCUCCAAUCAAAUUGGUUUGUUGAUUUUUUUGCCUCAAAUUGAGGAGGUGAGGCUGUGAAAUUUGGAUACUCUCCGACUUUCUAGUAAUCCAUUUGAUUACCAAAUCUAUAUGCAUGUGAAGGUUACUCAUUCUUUGU